ACUACAACAUGCGACCCACCAAGCAACCGUCUUUGUCAAACUCUUCAAGGCGUGUCUACCUUCUUCUGUGCAUCAUUAGUGCAUUCUUGGGAAUAGCUUUGCAAUUUCUUCAAUUUUACGGCGCUAAAUACUUGAAGGAACAUACCAAUGGGUUGACAUUCGGCGGCGCGAUGCAAAUGUACACUUUCACCAUGUCUAUUACAACAGGAAUUCUGCUGUUCUCUAACUCUCUGCUGGCAAUCGCUGUUCUCUUGACGGACAAGAAAGACGCUGGAGUGGCGAGUUGCCUCAAAAAUAUGGUAGGACCAUGUUGGAUUGUAACAGCUACUGUUUGCAGUUCUACGGUUUACUAUGCAACACAGAACGGUGUUAGUGCACCUUAUUUGAGGGGCCCACCAGCCAAGGGAACUUUCAGUUUGGCAAUGAUCGGUGCUAUUGUGUCGUUCAUUCUGGCUUGUUUUGCUUUCUUUUUGGGACACGCCUGCUGUUACUGCACCAGGAAUCGUCACGAGCAUCAAAGUUAUGUCGAGAUAGAAACACAGUGUGUGGUAACUGAUCAGGAAGACAGUGACAUUGAAAACCAGUACCACGACGAAGAGGCUGAAAGGUCUAGUAGCCAUAUGCAAGCCAUUAAUCGUGCUUUGUUCAGACGACGUGUCUAUAUUGUCCUUUGUAUCAUCUGUGCACUUUUCGGCAUUGGUCUGAUACUUAUUCAGUUCCUCGUUGCCGGCAAAUUUAAAGGAUUAACAUUGGCCGAAGUCGUACGAUCGUACUUGCACGGUAUGUCUCUGGCUACCGGAUUGCUGAUGCUAUCGAACUCUAUUCUGGCACUAGUUGUUCGGCUGACAGCAAAUAAUACGAGCAAACUCCUUGUUUGGCUGAGAACUCUGAUGGGACCAUGGUGGAUACUGACAGCUACUGCUGCCAUGGUGACGGCUCAGAUCACGAUAUUCUAUAUACUUUUACUAGAAUCUAUGGUAGCGAUGUGUCUGGCGUUUGUUGGUGCGAUUCUCUGCUAUGUACAAGCUGGCUUUGCUUUCUUUGCUGGACAUGCUUGCUGCUACUGCGUGAGAAAAAGGCAAACCAGCAACCUUGAAACGGAGGUACAAGUUGCUGAUACUCAUCAUAUGUAAAGGUAUCAGUCAGCAAUGACUAAUAUUUGAGUGAUUUGACAGUUUCCUUGAAGAAUUCAAGUAGUUGUAAUUGUGUAAUUUUGAGUUUGAAUUUGAGAUUGAGCUGCAUGCAUAGUCGGUGUGAUUUUUUGUUGCACAGAAAACAAAAAAACCUUGUGUACUAAC